AUGUCAGUAUCUGCUUCUAAUAUUGAAGUUGUACAAAUCGAUAGUUUGGUUGUUAUGAAAAUAGUGAAGCAUGUGGAUUCAGAACUGUAUGCAGGAAUGAGUGAAGUGGCUGGGGAAGCUUGCCAAGGAUAUUUGACUGGGCUGGUAUCAAUGGAGGAAAGAAAAUUAGAAAUAACGAACUGUUUUCCGACGGCUCGUACGGAACCAGCCAUGGACGGAGACGAAAACGCUCCAACUAAUUUACAAUAUGAAGAGCAAAGACAAAUCGAAAUGCUUGAUAUGUUGAAAAAAUUUAGAAACAUGAACAUUGAUUAUGAGUUAGUCGGUUUCUAUCAAGCUCAUCCUUUUGGUGCCUGCUUUGCUCAGGAGAUGGUAGAUUCACUUGUGGAUUACCAAGCUAGUGUUCAGGAUGCUGUCGUCCUUAUUUAUGAUCCUGUAAAAACCAGAAUGGGCCAGCUUAGUAUUCGAGCCUAUCGUUUAUCAUUAAAAGCCUUGGAAAUGUGUUUGGAUGGUGACUGGUCCCCAGAAAGUGUCAGGACUGCAGGUAUUAGUUACGAAAACAUGUUUGAGGAGCUACCUAUUAUCAUUAAAAACAGCCACUUGGGGAAUGUAAUGCUUGCUGAGCUGGCUUUGAGCACAAGUAAAGCCGCUCAAUCAUCAUCAGCUCAUCUUGAACUUGGAACGAGAAGGUCAAUGGAGAAGUGUCUACGUUCGCUAAUGGUGAAUAUGGAUGAUUUGAACAAAUGUGUGAUUUUAUACAACAAAUAUUUAGCUGAUAAGCAACGACAUGACCUGAAUAUUUACAGUCUCACUCAAAAAAGGCAAGCUGAAAAUGAGCAGCGUGAAGCAAGAGGGGAGCCUCCGUUAUCUUUCGAUGAUAUAAAGAAAAUGAAACCGCCAGUGUUAGGCACGAAAUGUGGUUUAUUGGAAAGUUAUCUCUGUUGUGCAGAUGCUGUUUCACUGUCAGAUUUUGCAAGCGAGGUGACAGGUGAAAAUGUUGCGAAGCUCUUUUUAGCUGAAGCGUUAGCUGAUGAGAAGAAAUUCAAAGGGACUUUGUCAAGUAAUAUAUCAAUGCGAUAA